GGUCGAUGAUGAUGAUCAUGUGGCGAGAAUCGGUCGGUCGGUCGCCUUUUGUGACAUGAAUGUUGAACUUGUCCGCCAGUCUAGAUCGAACCUCGGUGUGAUUCGGACGCGUUUCAAAAGGGCAACGGUGACGCUUCCUGCUCGAGAACGGGAACAACAGACAGAGAGUGUGAACUGGUUCUUUCUGGUGUUUUUAGUGUGCUUGUCUUCUGCGGCAGUGAUCUUGUGUGGUGUUGUUUAAAAACUUACUUGCGAAAUUACUCUAUUUACAAUCGAAAUUGAUUGUGAGCAAGUAGUGUGGUGGUGACCCAUCGUCAUUGGCGAGAGAAGAAAGGAAGCAGCAGCAACAGUUGCUCGACCGUAUGUGGUUGUGUAGUUUCACAAGUGUGAGGAACACAAGAAGAUAAAAGUGUUUGAACUUGACAAGGCAAAUGAGAAGUUAACAAGGAGCUGCAGUUAUCAGUUUCUAUCUUGUGUUGGGGCAGACGGGGCAUUCGAGAGCAACCGAAGAGAGCAUUGCGUGAUCUUUACUUUGAUCGUUUAAACAAACAACAACUUCUUGAUUCGGUUAUAUUAACGAUUAAUCAAUUUAAGCUGGUGCCUCCAGUCAGUGUUUCGGUUGGCGAUUUUAACGCUUUCAGUGGCAAACCGCGUGCAGAUAUAAUCGAAAAAUAAGGAAUAACCUUUUGAUCGCAUGGGUUACAGAGAUUUAGUGUAAUCAAGUUGAUUGUGCAAUUUUAAUCGGUUAAGUGUUUUAACAGACGGAAAUCUCAAAGAGCCUAUCUAGAUUUACAAUAUGCUUCAGAGCAGCAUCUAGGACAUUUUUUUCCAUUAAGGCUCUCGCACAUCUUCUUCUUGUUAGUCGUUAUAAACCAUCGCACCGCGCCCGGGUUUUCCACCCCCGCCCCCGGCUUGUUUCUGUUCCUGUUGUGGACGACUACCCCAUAUUAGGCACACAUAGCUCGCGAGCAUUCGCAAACAAGGAUCCGCUGCGCCACCUCCGCCGAAUUCCACCAUCCAUCGAAUUCAACCGAUUGACCACCACCACGUAUGAAGCCCGGACAACACACGGGCAUCCGUUUUGCGAUUAUUGUGGAAUAACUCGGACGAGGGAGACGAAGGAAUGUGUUGAAGGCGAAGGCGACAAAGCAGAGCAGGGAAUCGGUAACGAGAAUUUUACGGCCUCGCGCACAGUCGAAACUUAGCGCGCUCAACAACCGGACGGCCAGAGUUGUGUAGUGCGUCACUCGAGAAUGAUCUGAUGAUCUUGCCCGUUGCUUGUUGGUUGUUUGGUUCAAGUUGUUACUGUUGUUGCUGUUUUGUCCACUAACCACAUCCUCCGAGAGUGCUAGAGCUCAGGCUGGACAAAAGUGAAGAAACAAAGUGGCAAACGAGAAGUCGUUGCGGGGUAAUCCAAAGUGCGUGCCAUUACACAUCAAUAGAUAUUGGCUUCAGCCAGCCAGAGAUAAGAAGUGGCUCGAAGGGGUCAGUAGGAGAACGAUCUUCUUUGAUGAAUCGCGCGCGCGGCUAGAGCUGAGACUUUUCGGCUUUUUUUUCCUACCUACUCUCUCGUUUGGGUUCGGGUCUCGGUCAAUCCAGUAGAGAAGCGUUGAAGAUUUUGUGUGCUACGCAAUUUAUUGCUCUCGACCGUGUUCAAGUUAUCGAAAAUAGCCUGGGUUUGGUCCAGAGGCCCCGGGAUCAGUGCCGGCAUAGACGGGGUGUAGUAUGUUUUAAUAAAUAAUCGAGCUUUUCAAAACACAAACACACGGUGUUAAUUUAACUAAUUCUCGUUCCGCGAAAAAGAAGUCACACAAGUCUCCACGGGUGGGUUCAGGUUUCAAUCGGGCGGGAGAACUCGUUCGUGGAUCUGGUCCGGCAACUCGGCAGCCAAUCCGGGGGCAGUCUGGCCGCACCGCAGAAGAGAAGUGAGUGUGCUGUUUUGCAGUUUGGGCGUCUUGGGCGAGUAGUACGCAAGUAGAAGGUGCUGUGCUCAGAGUGUGUAUGUGCAACGGGGUGGUGUUACCAGUUACAAACCGGGGGUCGCGCAGCACAGGAAGUAAGUCGCAAAAAGUCCAAGAAAAACGAAGAAGCAGCCCUAUCGUCGUUGUCGUCGUCGUCGUCGUCAUUGACCGGCAGCAUCUUGGGUGCCCACCAGUAGCAGUAGUUCAAGUUGCGCGAAAAGAGCAAGAUAGAGAGCUAACCAGUGCAUUAGUGAGUUGUAGUGAAACAAAUAAGCCGUGUUACGAGUCACGCAUCUCCCAUACGCCUCCAAACGUCUUUAGCGAAAAAUUAACGACAAAGUUGCAACUCCGUUCAUCGGGUAAUAAAAGUAAACGAUAUCACAAGUGAGUGCCAAAUUGUACCAGUAGCAGCAACGAAAAUUAAUCACGCAGAAGUACUUGGCGAAGGAAGGAAUCGAAUCUUCCACCCAAACCAUUUAUCAAUUUGUGUUGCCAAGCAAAGAGCAAAGCAAAAAAAGUGCAACCUGUUGGCAAAAGUGCAUCUUCUCAGAGUGCAAGAGCUAGGGUCGAGCGAAAAUUCAAUUUCAAUUGCAGUUGGGUUAUUACUUUACGACGAAAUAUAUACGGAGCAUCCUCGGUGGAAUCUGUAGCAAUUGUGCAAGAAGCGACGACCAUUCUAGCCAGUUCCAAACUUUGUCCCGGGGUAACAAUUCCCGGUUCUAACCAUUUCAUCUUUCCUACGAAAACCCCCUUUCCCCCAUCAUUGAUCUGGAGCAACUGUCAAAACUGGCCGGGAACAACGCGGGAGCCAUUUCGACAGCGUGGUUUUGAAGCACAUGGUGUUUCUCAUCAUCUGGAGUCGCGCCGAUCGGCCCCGCUAUAAGGGGCCAUGACGCGUUGGCCCGUUCUACUGCUCUCGUUGCUCUCAUUGGCCCUGGGCAGUGCCCCGAAUGCCGAUGGAACGUCCCAACCGUCAUCAGCCGGCCCGUCGUCGUCGUCGCUGUCGUCUCAUCAAUCGCAGGCGCCGCUAUCCUCGCCACUAUCAUCCGCCUCGUCGUCCGCCACUUCCGGUUCCGUGUUCGGUUCCGGUUCGGCCAACAAUGGUGGGUUGGUGUCCCAGAUCGGCGGAGGAUUGCUUGCAUCGUCCUCGCUGGUACAACAACCGUACAGUUCCGGUCAAACCUACGUGCCCGAUUUCAACAUGAGCACUCACCACCAAAAGUACAAAAACAAUCGGACCCAGCUGGUGGUCGGAUAUUUGACGGCGCUCAAGGGCAACAUGAAGGACAAACAGGGUCUAACCAUUUCCGGUGCCCUCACGAUUGCCCUGGAGGAGAUCAACAACGAUCCGGAUCUGUUGCCGAAUGUGACGCUGGCCGUGCGGUGGUACGAUACCAAGGGCGACACCGUCAUCGCAACCCGUGCCAUAACCGAGAUGAUCUGCGAUGGGGUGGCGGCCAUCUUUGGACCGGAAGGAACCUGUAAGACUGAAGCCAUCGUAUCGCAAAGCCGAGACAUUCCGAUGAUCUCUUAUAAAUGCUCGGAACUUCAUCGUGGCACGCCAACAAUUCCCACCUUUGCCCGGACAGAACCACCCGAUACUCAGGUCACCAAAUCCAUCAUCUCGCUCCUGAUCUACUACGGGUGGAAAAAGUUCUCCAUCAUCCACGAGGACAUGUGGAAGAACGUGGCGGAAUCGCUGAAGACGCAAGCCGUCCGGAACAAUCUCACCGUGAACCACGUCAAGGAAGUUUUCGACAACCACAAAUGCUGCGAGAACGGGCUCGAAUGUUGUCGAAGUGGAUAUUGGUAUACGAUAAUCCAGCAGACCAUGAACCGAACACGGAUUUACGUUUUUCUGGGAAACCCAAACGCCCUCGUCGACAUGAUGACCCAGAUGGAUGCGAUGCAGCUCUUCAACAAGGGCGAAUAUCUGGUGAUAUUCGUGGACAUGAUGACAUACUCCUUGAAAGAAUCGAAAAAGUACCUCUGGCGCGCGGACCGGGUAUCGAACAUCAAGAACUGCAGCGAGAUGGAUCCGUUCCUGAUGCGUGGCCGGAGUUUGCUGGUGGUCGUGGCCUCGGAACCGCAGCCGGAGUUCGAUGAAUUUGCCAACAAAGUCCGGACCUACAACCAGAAGCCGCCGUUCUCGUUCAAAAUGCCGGCACUGUUCCAAACGAUAGCCAAGCAUUACGUGUCAAUCUACGCAGCCUAUCUGUACGAUUCGGUGAAAUUGUACGCGUGGGCUCUGGACAAACUGUUGAAGGCAGAAAAUAGGACCCUGACGAGCGAGGUGAUCCACGAGGUGGCCAGCAACGGGACCAGGAUAAUCGAAACCAUCAUCCGGAACAAUACCUACAGAAGUAUUGCCGGUGCGAUGAUUCGGAUCGAUAAUUUCGGAGAUUCCGAGGGUAACUUUUCGGUGCUGGCCCUGAAGGAGGAAACCUACACCGAGGCGAAUUUUACCUGUGCCUUCCAGAUGAAGCCGGUGGCCCACUUCCAGAUGAUUCAGAAGAGCAACGAUUCCAACCAGACUCGGAAUGAUGAGAUCCCAGAGUUCAAAUUAUCCAAGGCCGGAUUUACCAUCGACUGGGCCGGCCAGGAACGUCCGAUGGAUGAACCUUCCUGCGGUUUUAUGAACGAGCACUGCACAAAAGACGAAUCGCACAUCACCUCGAUGGUGAUUGCGGGCAUCCUGGCGUUGAUCCUGUUCUGUGCCGGCGUCAUCACCAUGAGCAUCUACCGCAAGUGGAAAAUCGAGCUGGAAAUCGAAGGUCUAUUGUGGAAGAUUGAUCCCGGCGAAAUCAAGGGUUACUUCAACGCAGAAAUCGUAUCCUCACCGAGCAAGCUCAGCCUGGCCAGCGCCCAAUCGUUCGGUUCCCGCUGCUCGAAUCAGGUAUUCACCCCGACGGCCCGCUUCCGGGGGGUGGUAGUUCGCAUCAAGGAGCUUAAGUUCUCCCGCCGGAAGGACAUCUCCCGGGAAAUCAUGAAAGAGAUGCGGCUGCUGCGGGAAUUGCGACAUGACAACAUCAACAGCUUCAUCGGGGCCUGUGUCGAGCCGAUGAGGAUUCUACUAGUCACUGAUUACUGCGCCAAGGGAAGUCUGUACGAUAUCGUCGAGAACGAGGACAUCAAGCUGGAUGACUUAUUUAUUGCAUCGCUGGUGCACGAUUUGAUUAAGGCAAUGAUCUACAUUCACAGUUCGGCACUUAAUUACCAUGGCAAUCUAAAGUCAUCAAACUGUGUCGUGACAUCUCGCUGGAUGCUGCAGGUAACCGAUUUUGGUCUUCACGAUCUUCGCCACUGUGCCGAGAACGAAUCGAUUGGGGAACAUCAGCACUACAGAAAUUUGUUCUGGAAAGCGCCGGAGUUCCUGCGGAAGCCGAGCAUCUAUGGUAGCCAGAAGGGGGACGUGUAUGCGUUCGCCAUUAUACUUUUUGAAAUUAUUGGACGACGCGGUCCCUUCGGGUAUGGCGAUCUGGAACCGAUUCGAAUAGUGGAACUCGUUAAGGCUGAAAAUGGACCCGGGCAGGAGCCCUUUCGUCCGGACAUCGAAAGCGUCAUAGAAGACGAAGACAUACCGGAUUAUGUGAUCAACUGCAUUCGGGACUGUUGGGAUGAGAACCCGGAACAGAGGCCGGAUUUUCCUACGAUUAGGAACCGUUUAAAACGGAUGCGAGGAGGAAAAUCGAAGAACAUCAUGGACCAGAUGAUGGAGAUGAUGGAAAAGUACGCCAACAAUCUGGAGGAAAUCGUGCAGGAUCGAACCCGGUUGCUUUGCGAGGAAAAGCGGAAGACGGAAGAUUUGCUGCAUCGGAUGCUUCCGCAGCCGGUGGCCGAGAAGCUGACCAAGGGCCUCGGGGUGGAACCGGUUUCGUACGAUUCGGUUACCAUCUACUUUAGCGACAUUGUUGGUUUUACAUCGAUGUCAGCCGAAAGUACACCGCUGCAGGUGGUCAACUUCCUGAACGAUCUGUACACGGUGUUCGAUCGGAUCAUCAAAGGCUACGAUGUGUACAAGGUGGAAACGAUCGGUGAUGCGUACAUGGUGGUAUCCGGUCUUCCGAUCACCAACGGCAAUCGGCACGUCGGAGAGAUUGCCUCGAUGGCUCUGGAGCUGCUGCAAGCCGUCCGAACCCACCGGAUCUCACAUAGGCCCAACGAAACACUUAAGCUCCGCAUAGGCAUUCACACGGGUCCGGUAGUUGCUGGAGUGGUAGGACUUACGAUGCCUCGCUACUGUCUUUUCGGAGAUACGGUUAACACAGCAUCCCGAAUGGAGUCAAACGGAGAGCCGCUGAAGAUCCACAUAUCGCCGCAGUGUAAGGAGGCUCUCGAUAGCUUGGGUGGCUACGUGACAAUCGAGAGGGGCAUGAUCGCCAUGAAGGGGAAGGGUGAGGUUAUGACGUAUUGGCUGGAAUCCGCCAAUGAAGAUGCCAUCCAGAAGCAACCGGUUGACGUCCGGGAUCUACCUCCGCCUCUGUUUUGUCGACCCAGGCGCUCACCCAAGCUUACCUACGACUCCCGGCAGCCCAGCAUGACUGCUAUAGCGAAUUACAUAACCGGAAGUCGCAGGCAGUCUAGUGCCCACAAAGAUCUCGAAAGCAAUUACAGCCUCCAGGGUUCGGUGUUUGGACCGUCGAUGCGGGACUCGCCUCGUGCCAUUCAACGAAGGUUAGAACAAAUUCCACUAUACAUUAAUGACGACUCCCAAAGUACUUUAGAUCAGCGAAAUGCAAUAGACAAAACCGAAUCUAGUGAUAGUCUAGUGAAGAAAGUCAUGUUUAACAAUAGUAGUAGUAAGAAAAUUAGGAAUAAGCUUAGGUCGAUCGCAUCGACGGAGGAUUACCGUAAGAUUUGCAGCUCAGGGACGUUUCUGCGGGAGAGUCGCUCGUUGGAUCCAUUUCCUAACGACAUCCGGAAGCGAUUGGAAAGUAUUAAAAUGGAAAAGAAACCUCGCAAUGCACAGAAAGGUUCAUUCUCACUGGACGCCGGAGUUUCCACCAUCAGCAGUGAAUCGAUCGACGGGGAUCGAGGGGAGAAAAUGGUCAUAUCGACUCUGCAUGAAGACAACGGAAGUGGUCCAGAGGAUGUGUACAAAUAUCUUAACAACAAUUGCAAUGGUUCUAUCGGCGGGGGUAACAACGAAGAGUCACACUGUCCACUGCUGGUGCGGCAGACUUCGCUGGUGACUCCGGGUCAGGAGGAUUGCCUUAGCACCCAAAAACGGUGGUACUCGCUGGAGAAUGUGGGAGCCCCCGAUGAGGAUAGCUGCAGCAAGAAAUCUCUGACCCGGAGUUCGAUCAAAUCUUGGCUGGUGGGUUUUAUUCAGGGCAAUGGGUACAAGGCGAGCGAUUCUAGUUUACGAAAGGUGGCUGUUCUUCCGGGAGUUCCGGGUGUGCCCGGAUUCGGCGAACUCCAGUCAACGCCGGAGAAGGAAAGCAUGGUUUGAUGCUGGCACUAACUAGCGACAAUUUCAUGUACAUAGAAAAAUUUAUUCAUAUACGUGUGAGUGUUGUAACGUUUCACUUCAAAGGUGAAAAUUGUACGUUUUUUUACUUGACGUAACAGUUCAUAUAUUUAAAUUGAAAGGAACAAGGAUUGUAGGAAACCUAAGAUUUCAGAAAAUCUUUUCUUGGUAACAUUUAAAAGUCUUCGAUUUUCUUUUUUUAAUUAUCCUAGAGUUUUUUUAACGGUAUGGCCAAAGAAGGCAUUUUGUUUUUUGGAUGUGAAAUGUGACUGGUAAAAUUUUAAAUUGAAACUUUAUCCAAACAAGCUCUUUUGAUAAUGGAAUGAUAAUCCCUAUGCUAAAAUGUAGCAUGGAAUAUCAAUUUGCUAAUAUUCUUUCUAAAUUCAGUUUGAUUACUUCUUUUUGGUCUUACUUAAUUUGUCAAUUUAUAUCAGUCAAUAUCUUUUAGUUGAAGCCCUUUUUGUAUCUACCUAUUUAAAAAAAAUUGUUCUAAAAAGUUCCUGUUUUCCGCUUGUGCCACUAAUGUUCACCUAAGGUGAAAACAAACAAAAAUUAUUGUUGAGUAAAGAUUUCCUCGAUUCUGUUCACCAACAAAAAUAAUCUGUAAAUGAAGUAAAAAUAGUUGUGAAAAGCAUAAAAAAUCAUGUGCCAUCCGCAAUCAAACUGCAGGUUUUCAUAGGCAACAACAUUAUCUAAGAAUUGCAAAUGUAUAGCUUCCACAAGAAGAUGAGUGCUGUCCGGACACAGCUGAAUAAAAACAAAAAAAUCUUUAGAAAUAAGUAACGUUCGGCCUCUGAACGAUAGAUUUGUGAAGGAUUCAAAAGAAAACCUAUUGUAAAAUUAGAUUUCCAAUUUGUUCGUUGAUCAGUUAGAGUAGUCUUUUAAUGAAUCAUAGGCUGUGAAAUAGGAUAAACAAAAACGCUAUAGCAUUAAGAAUCGUUCGACAGCAUGUUAUGUUUGUCACAGAUGAUUUCUUCAUGUGUUUAGUUUUCUACUAGUUUUUUUUACCACCAGACAUCUUCCAAUAGUACCGGUCGGUUACGCUUACGUGUUUUUAAAUGGUCGUAGACUCUAAGUCAAUUCUAGUAAUUCAACGAGAUUCAAAAAAUAAUUGCAACAGUCAAACUAAAAGUGUAGCAACUAUGCCAUUCAUCCUUCAUACUUCGAUUGGUGAAAUCUGUUACAAGCUUUUCCUGAUAAGGGCGUCUUUGUACAGCAUACAGUCACAAUCUAAAUGUAUAUCCUGAAAAUAAGUUGAACAAAGUUUUUCGAACAAAAUAUCAGUUCUAUGCUGGCCAUAACUAUGGGUGUCCAAAUACGUGUGCGUGUACUUUAAAUUAAGAGGCGCUGUGAUUGCAGUUCGUUUUAAGAUUUAGUGCGAAACUACCUAGAUAAAAAAAAUGAGUAAUAAAAAGGAUUAUUGAAUAAAACAUUAUCUUGGUCAAAAAAAAAAAAAAAAAUGAAGAAAAAAUAAUCACAGAUAGAUUGAAAGUUACCAAUUAUUUUCUCUUACGAAAGCCAUGUUUAAGCAAAGAGGCUUUAGCUCGUGGAAGAGUGUUAGCAUUUCUGUGAAUUUUCAUUUUAAAUUUCUUUUUCACGACAAAUCAUGGAAAAAUUAACAUAGAAACAGCAGAACGGAGACAAAAAUAAUUCGUCAACUUUUGAAAAACAUUUGUCUCAAAUAAAACAUUGUUUCAUUUUUUUGUAACGUUUUCAGUAAGAUGUCCAAUAUAUCAGUUUCUUUUUUCAAUAAGUUAUAAAAAUGUCUGGAUGAAUUUUAAAUCUGAUCAAAAGCAAAAGCAUUAAAUUCUUCAAAAGUUGAAAACACCUCCUAUACACACAGAAAGCUACAAAAAGUUAGAGCGAAGGCAAGAGACUACAAAACAAUGUGUCAAAAAUGUACAUUAUAUCUAACUAUAAAUAGGGCAAUGAAUGCAAUGUAAGCAGUGUAUAUUUAUUAAAUAAAAUCAAAAUAU